UGCAGGUCCUGCAGGUUCUUGAUCGCCUGAAAAUGAAAUUGCAGGAGAAGGGAGACACGUCGCAGAAUGAGAAGCUAUCUAUGUUUUAUGAGACACUGAGGAGUCCUCUGUUCAACCAGAUACUCACACUUCAGCAGUCCAUCAGGCAACUGAAGGGGCAACUCAGCCAUGUACCCUCGGAUUGUUCAACCAACUUCGAUUUUUCUAGGAAAGGUUUGUUAGUGUUCACAGAUGGUUCCAUUAUUAAUGGAAAUCCCAACAGGUCCUCUAAUAACUUGACCGUAUCUGGGUUAUCGUCUUGGACCCCGAAGUUGGGAAAUGAAGACUUUAACGCAAUCAUUCUACAGAUGGCUCAGGGCCGGCAAAUUGAAUACAUAGAUAUAGAACGGCCUUCAACUGGAGGCCUUGGAUUCAGCGUGGUGGCCCUUAGAAGGCAAAAUUUGAGAGAAGUUGAUAUCUUCGUGAAGGAAGUACAGCCAGGGAGUGUAGCAGACAGGGAUCAAAGAUUGAAGGAAAAUGACCAAAUAUUGGCCAUUAAUCAUAUACCACUGGAUCAGAACAUUUCCCAUCAGCAAGCAAUUGCAUUAUUACAACAAACCACUGGAUCUUUACGUCUGGUUGUGGCCAGGGAACCAGUCCACACAAAAAGCAGCACUUCUACCAGCCUAACUGAUACAACUCUUCCUGAAACAGUUUGUUGGGGCCAUAUUGAAGAUGUUGAGCUCGUUAAUGAUGGUUCUGGAUUAGGUUUUGGAAUAGUUGGAGGAAAAUCAAGUGGCGUGGUUGUGAGGACUAUAGUUCCUGGAGGAUUAGCAGAUCGCGAUGGAAGACUCCAGACAGGAGACCACAUCUUGAAGAUCGGAAGCACAAAUGUGCAGGGGAUGACCAGUGAGCAGGUUGCGCAAGUUCUCAGGAACUGUGGGAGUUCAGUCAGGAUGCUUGUUGCCAGAGACCCAACUGGUGAAAUUUCAGUACCGCCUCCUGCUCCUACAGCCUUACCUGUUGUCCUGCCUACUAUAGCCAGCAGGAGCCCUGGUUCUGUUGAUGGUGUGAAUAUUCAGGGAAUGGCCAACCAGGAUGUUGUUGAAAUAUUACGAAAGGCAGGGCAGGUGGUACGCCUAACCCUUGUUCGAAGGAAGACACCUUCAUCUGCUUUUCCACUUGAACAGCCUUCAGACAGAGGAAUUAUAGAACCACCCAAAACACCAGGUCUCUUUCUAACUGGAGCAGUGGAAACAGAAACUAAUUUGGAUGGUGAAGAUGAAGAAAUUGGAGAAAAAAUGGAUAACCUAAAAAAUGACAACAUACAAGUCUUAGAAAAAUUGGAAAGAGUCCCAGGCUUUCCAGAAAAUGAGCUGAAAUCCAGAUGGGAAAACCUUUUGGGUCCUGAUUAUGAAGUAAUGGUUGCUACUUUGGACACACAGAUUGCAGAUGAUGCUGAGUUACAGAAGUAUUCAAAGCUGCUGCCUAUUCACACUCUGAGGCUUGGCGUGGAAGUGGACUCCUUUGAUGGGCACCAUUAUAUCUCUUCAAUAGUUCCUGGUGGUCCUGUUGAUACAUUGAGCCUCCUGCAGCCAGAGGAUGAGCUUCUUGAGGUCAAUGGCGUGCAGCUCUAUGGAAAAUCUCGCAGAGAAGCAGUCUCCUUUCUUAAAGAAGUGCCACCCCCUUUUACCUUGGUAUGCUGUCGAAGGUUGUUUGAUGACGAGGCCUCUGUAGACGAACCAAGGACCACUGAAACCUCUGUUCCUGAACUGGAGGUUGACCAGAAUGUAGACGUCAAUACUGAAGAAGAUGAUGAUGGAGAAUUAGCACUGUGGUCUCCUGAAGUCAAGAUUGUUGAGCUAGUAAAAGAUCAUAAAGGCUUGGGAUUCAGCAUUUUGGAUUACCAGGACCCUUUAGAUCCCACAAGAUCAGUGAUUGUGAUCCGUUCCCUGGUAGCAGACGGUGUAGCAGAGAGAAGUGGAGGACUAUUACCUGGAGACCGCCUGGUCUCAGUCAACGAAUACUGUUUAGACAACACCACACUUGCUGAAGCUGUGGAGAUUUUGAAAGCUGUGCCACGAGGCACUGUAUGCCUUGGCAUCUGUAAGCCUUUGGUGGAAGAUGAUAAAGAAGAAAGUUGUUAUAUUUUACAUUCAAGCAAUAAUGAAGAUAAGACUGAACUUUCAGAAACAAUUCAUGAUUUAAAUUCAUCUUUAAUACUCGAAGCACCCAAGGGAUUUAGAGAUGAACCACAUUUUAAGGAAGAACUUGUAGAUGAACCGUUUCUAGAUUUGGGAAAGGCUUUCCAGUCCCAACAAAAAGAGAUAGACAACAGCAAGGAGGCCUGGGAGAUGCGUGAAUUUCUGACUCCUAGGUUGCCGGAGAUGGGUGAAGAAAGGGAAAUGCUUGUCGAUGAAGAAUAUGAGCUGUAUCAAGAUCACUUUCAGUCCAUGGAGUUGUAUCCCUCGUCACACAUUCAAGAGGCCCCUCCUGUGCCCUCCAUGAAGGAAUUUCACUUUGCUACACAGUGGUUACAGGACAGUGAACCUCCUGGGUCUCAAGAAGGAAGAUCCAUGAGGAGCGUGUAUUCCCAGGAGACACAGCAGUAUGGCUAUUGCCCUGAAAACACGAUGGAAGAAAACUUUGGCAUGGAUUCUCUACCAUCCAUACCGUCAACUGAAGGAAACAGUCAGCAAGGCAGAUUUGAUGAUCUGGAAAAUCUUAAUUCAUUAGCAAAAAGCAGUCUGGAUUUAGGCAUGAUUCCGAAUGAUGUUCAAGGUCCUAGCUUGCUGGUUGACCUUCCUGCUGUGGCUCAAAGAAGGGAGCAAGAUUUGCCUUUAUAUCAACUCCCCAGGACCCGAGCUGUUUCAAAGACCUCAGCGUGCACAGGAACGUUGUCUUCUAGAUAUGCCACCAGUGCAUGUGAGUUACCUGAGAGAGAAGAAGGAGAAGGAGAAGAAACUCCAAACUUCAGCCACUGGGGUCCACCGAGAAUUGUUGAGAUUUUUAGGGAACCCGAUGUGUCUCUUGGUAUCAGUAUUGUUGGUGGACAAACUGUUAUAAAACGCCUAAAGAAUGGAGAGGAGCUUAAAGGUAUAUUUAUCAAACAAGUUUUAGAAGACAGUCCAGCAGGAAAAACAAACGCACUUAAAACUGGAGAUAAAAUACUUGAGGUGUCUGGAGUCGAUUUGCAGAACGCCUCCCACAGAGAAGCAGUUGAGGCCAUUAAGAGUGCAGGAAACCCCGUGGUGUUCAUUGUCCAGAGCUUGUCACCCACUCCAAGAAGGCAAGGAACUGCUCCACCUCCGAUGAAGCUGCCUCCUCCUUAUAAAGCUCCAUCCGAUGACAGUGAUGAAAAUGAAGAAGAAUAUGCAUUUACUGACAGUAAGUUCCUUUUUACUCUUCAGGAUAGAUAUGUCACGAUAAACAAUCAGAUCCUGUAUGGAAGAAGUCACCAAAAUGCAUCUGCCAUUAUUAAGACUGCCCCUUCAAAGGUCAAGCUGGUUUUCAUCAGAAACGAAGAUGCAGUCAAUCAGAUGGCUGUUACGCCAUUCCCGUUGCCAUCGAGUUCUCCGUCUUCUGUUGAGGAUCAGAGUGGCACCGAACCUGUUAGUAGUGAGGAAGAUGGCAGUUUUGAAGUUGGUGUUAAACAGUUGCCUGAAAGUGAAAGCUCCAAACUGGAAGACGUGUCCCAGGUGACUGGUCAAGGUGUAGUGGCAGAUCAGCAGAAGGCGCUGGAGUACCCACCUGACAAUGCUGUCAGCCAGGUGAAACAGCAAAAAUAUUCGACGAAAGUCUCUUUCGGGUCACAAGAGAUACCGUUAGCACCGCCUCCAUCGUACCAGUCAACAGAUGCAGACUUCACAGGCUACGGUGGUUUCCAGGCUCCUCUGUCAGUGGACCCUGCCACUUGUCCCAUUGUACCUGGCCAGGAAAUGAUUAUAGAAAUAUCCAAGGGACGUUCAGGGCUUGGUCUCAGCAUUGUGGGAGGAAAAGACACACCAUUGGAUGCUAUAGUUAUACACGAAGUUUAUGAAGAAGGAGCAGCAGCCAGAGAUGGAAGGCUUUGGGCUGGUGACCAGAUACUAGAGGUUAAUGGGAUUGACCUGAGGAGCUCCAGCCACGAAGAAGCCAUCACAGCUCUGAGGCAGACCCCCCAGCAGGUGCGGCUGGUGGUGUAUAGAGACGAGGCACACUACAGGGACGAGGAAAACUUGGAGAUUUUCCCUGUGGAUCUGCAGAAGAAAGCCGGCCGAGGGCUGGGCCUCAGCAUCGUCGGGAAACGAAAUGGAAGCGGAGUAUUUAUUUCUGACAUUGUGAAAGGCGGAGCUGCAGACCUGGAUGGAAGGUUGAUUCAGGGAGAUCAAAUCUUAUCUGUGAAUGGGGAGGACAUGAGAAAUGCCUCACAGGAGACAGUGGCCGCCAUCCUCAAGUGUGCACAGGGUCUUGUGCAGCUAGAGAUCGGAAGACUCCGAGCUGGUUCGUGGACCUCGGCAAGGAAGACAUCACAGAACAGUCAGGGGAGUCAGCACAGCACACACAGCAGCUGCCGUCCCUCCCUCGCCCCUGUCGUCGCCGGCCUGCAAAACCUGGUCGGCACAAAAAGAGGUUCAGAUCCUGCCCAGAAGAACUCAGGCACAGACAUGGUGCCAAGGACCGUUGAGAUAAUCAGAGAGCUCAGUGAUGCCCUUGGAAUCAGUAUUGCUGGAGGAAAAGGAAGUCCCUUAGGAGAUAUCCCUGUAUUUAUUGCCAUGAUUCAGGCCAGCGGAGUGGCUGCACGUACACAGAAGCUUAAAGUUGGAGAUCGGAUUGUCAGCAUUAAUGGGCAACCUUUAGAUGGGCUGUCUCACGCGGACGCGGUUAAUCUGCUGAAGAACGCCUACGGGCGCAUUAUCCUGCAGGUUGUAGCAGAUACCAAUAUAAGUGCCAUAGCAACUCAGCUUGAAAACAUGUCUACAGGCUACCACCUUGGUUCACCCACAGCCGAACACCAUCCAGAAGACACAGAGUGAGUAUUCUGGAUGCAGAGGGCCUGCUAUGUGCGU